ACUACUCAAUUCAACUCCGGUAUUUUAUAUCUAAACUACUCAAACUUAUCUAAAAUAACUAAAAACCCAAAAAUACUCAAUAUAUAUAUUGUUCGAAUUGGUUAUUUUUUAUCUAAAAGUAACCAUAUAUACAAAGUUUUUUUUUUUGACAACAACUAUAGAUAGAAUGUUUUAUGGGUAUUUUUUAUCCAAAACAUUAAUUUCUAUCUAUAUAUACCCAAAAUAACUAAAAUAUUUGAUUUAUAAUUUUAAUUUUAGGUAUUAAUAUAAACAUAAUUAUAAAUAAUAUAUAUAUAUAUAUAUAUAUAUUAUAUAUUUACAUAUUUGGAUAUUUUGGAUACUCAUUCGAUUUUCAUUGCGGAUUGGAUUCCUUCUCAGUUUUUUUGGGUUUUGAAAAAAGAAUCAUUUUGGAUAUUUAGGCAAGAUCCGAUCGGGUCGGAUAUCCUGAUUUUCGAAUCAGUUCCAUAUCAGUUUUUUGGGUGCAGAUAUUUAUGUCCAGCCCUAUCCUAAGACAUGUCAGCUUGACAACCUUAACGAUAUAUGUCUAUAAAUUGCAUUAUAAACAAGGCAAGAAAUCAUAUUUUUUAAUUUGAAAAAGAUAUUUUUAUUUCAAGAUAUAUAUUUAUUCUUUUAGUACAUUGUAAGCCAGGUCUAUAUUAAGUGUAUUUAAAUUUACAGCCUAGUAAUAGUUCCUAAUUUCACCCAAAAAAAAAUCUUUGAAUUGACCUUUCCUUAUUUUCCAAAAUUACUUUACAAUUUUGAAAGCUUUUUCACCCGUAGCAUCAUCCGAAGAUGGAAAUUUCAUAUUAAAUUUUGGAAGUAUAUAUUUACAUUUUUUUUUCUUCAUUUCCUGGAUAACAACAAACCAACGUUAAUAUAUAAUUUAGAUUCUCUAGUUUUAACAAUCAGGUCCUAUAAAUAAAGCACCAAUCCACCACACCUUUUGUAUUCAUUCAUCAUCUCAUCUCCCUCUCUGCCUUUUAUAAUAUUCUGCCAACUAUGUCGAAGAAGAUCAUCCUCGAGAGCUCCGAAGGCGAAUCUUUCGAGGUCGAUGAAGCCGUUGCGCUCGAGUGUCAGACGAUCAAGAACAUGAUCGAGGACGACUGCACCGAUGGCGGAAUCCCUCUUGCAAACGUCAACAGUGCAACCCUCAGCAAGGUUAUCGACUACUGCAAGAAACACGUCGAAGCAGCCGCAGCCGCCGGAGCCAACGCCGGAGACAAAGACAUCUACGGUGCUAACGAAGACAUCGAGCUCAAGACUUGGGACGAAGAUUUCGUCAAAGUCGACCAGCCUCUCCUCUUUGAUCUCAUGCUUGCUGCAAACUUUCUGAACAUCCCUGGACUUCUUGACCUAACGACCAAGACUGUGGCCGAUAUGAUGAGAGGCAAGACUGUGCUUCAGAUUCGCGAAAUCUUCCACAUCAAGAAAGACUACACAGAUGCGGAAGAAGCUGAGGUUCGCAAGGAGAAUGCAUGGGCCUUUGAGUGACUUGAAGUUGUGUUAUGUUGUCUCUUUUUUCUUUUGGUUUGAAUAAUUGAGUGUGUAACAAACCUUAUUUCUCUUUUAUUAUAUGGUUUAUGAAAAACAUAUUAUAUAUCAGCUUUGCUUGUUACAACGAACGGACUUCUAACUCUGUACAUUCCAUUAGACCAUGUGAUUGAACCAAACGCAUCUUCUUUAAGUGUGGAUGUAGAAGAUGAAAAGAUCACUUGGUAUCUUAGCGUAUCUCCUAUAUUCUUGAAGUGUAGACUUCUUGGUAUCACUCUGACUCGUAACCCUUUUGGUGCAUUGAUGCUCACGUUGUAGACAGUGUCAUCUCCAGUGAGGCGUGAUGCUACACUAGUCACCGUUCUGCCUCUUUUUGGAACAAAACCCUUAUGCUUUCUUUUGUAUUGAAGUUUCAGAUUUUGAUUGAUGGGGGUAGUUGAUGUUAGAUAUGUCUCCAUUGUUGCUUUGCUCAGGACAAGCAAAGCAGGCGGUUUGAGAUCUUUCUGGUCUGACCAGAGGUGAACCCGAAUAGCAGAGAAAGUCUAGUGAGCUAUUUUCUUGGUUACUGGAUGUGUAUGUGUAUGUAGCCAUGGCCCAUGUCUUCUGGCUAAGUUGAAUAUUCUUUUUUUUUUUUGAGAAAGGGUAUUCAAAUUAAAAACAUAAAACAUACAAUGUAUGGUUUUGAAACCAUAAAGUUUUAAAAAGCAUGAUGAGACACAUUUCCCACAUGGAGCUAAGCAAUAACUUAGAAAAGAGAAACUUGUGGGAUAUAAGCUUAAUAAAACAAGAUAAGAAAAGACCAAACACUAGGGAGUGUGGUAUCCACGGCCUCGAUGACCUCGACCUCGUUUACUUUUCCCUCGUACCAUAGUUCAAUCCAUAUCUUGAUAUUUCUGAACUGGUUUUAUUGGCCUCCCACCUCUUGAUAUGUUGAGAUUUGCCAUAGCAUCACUCAUCAUCCCAUCUCCAACAUCAUGAACACUGAAUUGCCCAAUGUCAUUGUGAAAAGGGCUGCCAUGUGUAGGUGUGUACAUAAAAGCCAAUGAAUUGUCUCCUGAUUCCAAAUUGGUCUCGGAAACAAUAAUAUGAGAUGGAAUUUCUUCCAUAAUAGUUAAUUCAUCUGGAGCAGGAGGGGUACCUGCAAAUGGUGGUGUAGUGGAUUGAGAGUUGGAGCCAUUAGCUAUUGUUACCUUAGAGUGGACGGAUAGCUUUACUGGCGUUGAAAGAACCUUAAGCUCAACACCCUUUUCUGAUUGCAAUUGCUCAAUCUCUGUCCCAUUAGUGGGCUCUAAAAUAUGAUCAGUAGAAGCUAAAACCAAAUCCGCUUCUGAAUCUUCAACUUGUAUCACCUCUUAUCAUGACUGUUCCUUAUUCGGCUCAACCCCACGAUCUUCAUUUAGCACCUCAUCCACUGAAAGUGUUUCCACAUUCUUUUGGACAGCUGGGAGUAGACAUCUUUUUUCUUUAUAUCCUAAGUGUCCACAUCUACCACAAGUACUCGGAAUCCAUGUAUACUCAACAUCCACCAAAAAUAUGCGAGCAUUACGACAUGUCUAAAAAUAUCAUAGACUGUCUUGUAUCACAAAUCUUCAAUAUACACGUCACACGAUCUACUAGGGUAUAUUUUGCUUAACUAAUUAUUUUUUGAUGAGAGGAGCUCCGAGGGCAUGAUCGUCUUGGCUUUCAUUAUUAAGUUAGCAGUUUCCAUAGCACCGAUGCAUAAUCUUGAUUGGGCAGUAAGUAUCAUGACCAUCGUUACCGAAUAAUGCAAGAGUCAUAUUGCCGAUAUGCAGUCCCGGCCCUUGACCAUGGCUAUAGAGGUGGUUGCCCUGGAUACACGGGCGCAUAAAAUUUUUAGUUAUUUUAUUAAUUAUAAAGGUUCAUUUCAACUUUUUUACAACAAAAAAAAAACUAUUUUAUUAUUCAAUUUUAAAGUGGUCUGGUUAAUCAGAUCGGAAUGAAUAACCAACGUAAGAAAGAAACCUAUGAAAGAUCGAGCGGAUCUAGCUAAAUGAUCUGCAGUCCUAUUCUGUUUCUGAUCGACAAGUAUAGCUUAUCCUGAAAUAUUUCUUGAAUCUCUUCCAACACUGUCGAGAAAUUCAGCCAUGCCUGAGGUCUGUAUUUUAAAUUGUUGAAAGAUUAAAUACUUGGUAAAGUUAUAAUAAAAGGUCCAUAUAAUCAACUAAAACUAACUAACACACAACAAGACAAAACCCUAUAAAAAAGCUGUAUGGUUUCACUAUUUUAUAGUUUUUCCAGAUUAAAAAAUUCUAUUGGUCCAACUUAAGAAUGUUUCAAAAAAAAAAAAAGGUCCAACUUAAGAAAA